GCACGCGCCUGCUUCCGGGGGAAGCCUGCUCUUGCGUUUCAGCCCAGCUUCCUUUACGCGCAAGAGUAGCAGGAGCCGGUUGGCUGUACUAUGCCCCCACUAGAGGCUAUCCGCUACUCGCGGGGCUCGUUGCAGAUCCUCGACCAGCUGCUGCUGCCCCAGCAGAGCCACUACGAGGCGGUGGGCUCUGUGCGCCAGGCCUGGGAGGCCAUCCGCGCCAUGAAGGUGCGCGGCGCCCCGGCCAUCGCACUCGUGGGCUGCCUCAGCCUCGCCGUGGAGCUGCAGGCGGGCGCCGGGGGACCGGGACUUGCCGAGCUCGUGGCCUUCGUGCGCGACGCACUGACCUUCCUGGUCACCGCACGGCCCACCGCGGUCAAUAUGGCCCGCGCCGCCCGCGACCUAGCCGAAGCCGCAGCCCGGGAGGCCGAGCGGGAGGGCGCCACGGAGGAGACGGUCCGGGAGAGAGUGAUCUGCUACGCUGAGGACAUGCUGGAGAAAGACCUCAGAGACAAUCGGAGCAUUGGGGACCUGGGAGCCCACCACCUCCUGGAACGGGCAGCCCCCAAGGGCGGCAAGGUGACCGUGCUGACCCACUGUAACACCGGUGCACUGGCCACUGCUGGCUACGGCACAGCCCUCGGUGUGAUCCGUUCGCUGCACAAUCUUGGCCGUCUGGAGCGUGCCUUCUGCACAGAGACCCGGCCCUACAACCAGGGGGCCCGGCUGACAGCUUUCGAGCUGGUGUAUGAACAAAUCCCUGCCACCCUCAUCACCGACAGCAUGGCAGCAGCCGCCAUGGCCCACCAGGGCGUGUCAGCUGUCAUCGUGGGAGCUGACCGUGUGGUUGCCAAUGGUGACACAGCCAACAAGGUGGGCACCUACCAGCUGGCCAUCGCUGCCAAGCACCAUGGCAUCCCCUUCUAUGUGGCCGCCCCCAGCUCCUCAUGUGACCUCCAUCUGGAGACUGGCCAGCAGAUUGUCAUCGAGGAGCGCCCUGGCCAAGAGCUGACCGAUGUCAACGGGGUCAGGAUUGCAGCACCUGGAAUUGGAGUUUGGAAUCCUGCCUUUGAUGUCACCCCCCAUGAUCUCAUCACUGGCGGCAUCAUCACAGAGCUGGGCGUGUUUGCUCCCAAAGAGCUCCAGGCAGCCCUCAGCACCACAACCACUGUCUCCUGAGGGCAGAGACCUUAGAUGGAGAAGUAACCAGGCUGGCUCUCCAUACCCUACCUCCAUCCUCCUAGGUUUUAUAAUAAAACUUAUUGAAUGGCCUGCC